GUUUCGUGCUUCCAAUUGUGUUGUCCGCAUGCAAAUAACACGGCACUUUCGGUCGGCAGCGGGGGGGAGGGGGGCUCGGGGAUGGUCUCGACUGCUUACGCCUUUCUGGCUUAGUGUUAAAUAUUAAUUAACAAAUUUGCUCGAGUUGAACUGUGCGUAAAUCGAAAUCACAACGGCCACAAAAAGCGAAUACAAUCAUAGCAAUCAUUGUGUUUAGACCACACUGAGCACUAUUAUACUCUAUUCCAUGUCGAACCCCACUUCUUAUUUCCUGUUCGCUUAGAAAUGAAUUUAUUUUGCAGUGCACACGGAUAAACAGUUAUUUCCAUCGCCUGCAUUUCGAAUUUUAUCCGCUGCAGAAGACUGAAGCACAGUGUGGCAAAACGGUUUUCAAAACUGUUUAUUUAUUUAUUUUUUUUUUUGUUUUGCUUUACUUAUUCAAAUUUUACAACCCCAUCAUUUUUGCUUUUCCCCUGCAAUCGCAAUCGAACUUUGCCCAUGCAGCCUACUGCAGCUGAACUUGCAAAUCGAUUAGGCUCGCGUGCCACCCAAGCUGCAGCCAAAAGAAGUGCAGUAUCAAGGUCGGCGAUGAGACAAGUUCCCCGCGGGCCACAGCGAAUGCCCGAUGCUCUACACGGGCUUGGUGGAGCGGUACAUACAGCUCGCCCUCGUGAGGAGUCACGCAGUCAGCGAGCGCAUUGGAAAUCAUACUUGACCGCGCUUCGCACUGAUCGCAUAAUUUGCUGUACAAAUAUGUGAUUUCUAAUGCUAAAAAUACACACCAGCCCCAAGACCAUGAUGACCAGGCUGACUAGACUGGGCCGUCGGUCACAGGUAGGCCAUCCGAGUAAUGGACAUCUCCCAACCGGACGACCUAUACAAGGAGGAGGAGACUGUCCGUCAGCCAUCGCUCAUGCCGAGAGAUCCCCUCGAGGUGUUCAAUUGGAUAGCUUCUUUGGAUGUGGACAAGCUGGAGGACGAGACACCACCCGCAAGUUUCUACUUCGAUUUGGUGGAGACAAAGGAUGUUGAACUGGCCUGCAGUGUCAACACCGGAAAGCUUCUCGUAACGCUCGGUUGUCAGACAGAUGUGUCGCAGCCAGAUUAUUCAUCCAACGCAGCGUUGGCACCAACGGAUCUGAAAUUAUCAAUACCCGAAGGUGCCCCAGUCUGCCCAUGUCCGGACGCAUCUGGUGAUGAAGUAUCUAUUACUAUAUUUACAGAAAGCGAAUCUGAACCCAAACCACAUGAGAACUCCGAGCGCCCACCGAGUCGCUUUUCGUUUUUCGGCAUGUUGGUGAAGGCGGUCCUGGCACUGUCCGUGGUGCACGCCCUCUAUGUUCUGUCGACGAUCGGCUUUGAGACCUUCAAGAACCGCGUAUGCCAGUCAUCUGUCUUGAAUAUGACACCGCCUCAGACUUCGUCGAUCAGGGAGACGAUCGCUUCCCUGCCCGAGAGCAUUUGGCGCAGUGUUGAAGCUAAAAUAGCGAGCCUGCGAGCCCGCUUCAGAUAAGUCCGCUCCUGGAUGUCGGACUUUGUUAGUUUCAGCUUGGUUAUUUAUAAACCCAUCCCGCUAUUUUUACGCCUAUGGCAGCAGUUGCUGUUUCAGUCGAUUCCUUCGCCGUCGACGUCCACUGUUUGCUGUUGUUCUCGUUGCCGGCGGCGUUAGAGAUUACGAGUAACACGGACUGCCCGAAAAUACGGAUUGCUGUUGUUGUGUACCCGGGACAACAACGACUAUCCGGCCCAGCGAUAAGCGUCGGAAUCAACACGAAUCUCGGUCAAUAGCUCACCGAUCCAUAGCCAAAUAAACGCCAAGCUGAGUCUCCAGUUCAAAUCAAAAUUUCUCGCUCUCCCUUGUGCCCUGCGUAAAAUAUUCCAUGGCGCUGGUUAUGCUA